UUGAGUAGUCUGCGGUUCCGCAGCUAGACCUUUGGACUGAGGCUGAAGACGUUUUCACAAAUACUGGAGUAUGUACAAGUAUGGAUAUUGAGAAAUGGCCUCACCUUUCUACUGAAAACACGCUCGUGUUUGUGCUCGUUUGUUCUCUGGUUUGUUUUGGAGCAACACAUCAGGACGAGACUAACGGUGUCUCUAGAACGUACGUCAAGGAGGGGGAAGAUGCCGUCCUUCACUGUUCUUCUGUAGAAAGCCUUGAGAACACGGUGGUAGACUGGGAGAACCAAAAUAAAAAAGAGGUGUGCCUCUACGACAGAGGCCGGCACUGUGAGGACAGGCGGGACAAUCAGGACGAGCAGUACAAAGGACGGGUGUCACUUUUCUACGAUGAGCUGAUGAACGGAAACGCAUCCUUGAUCCUCAGCGACACAAGGAUUGAAGACACGGGGACUUACACCUGCACACUUCCACAUUUGAGUUCUGGAAUCCAAAGGUCCACGAUUGAGCUCAUCGUCGGUGUCUCCAGAACGUACGUCACAGAGGGGGAAAAUGCCGUCCUUCACUGUUCUUCUGUAGAAAGCCUUGAGAACACGGUGGUAGACUGGAAGAACCAAAAUAAAGAAGUGUUCCUCUACGACGGAGGCUGGCACUACGAGAACGGGCUGUACGGUCAAGAUGAGCAAUACAUGGGACGAGCGUCACUUUUCUACAACGAGCUGAAGAACGGAAACGCAUCCUUGAUCCUCAACAACACAAGGAUUGAAGACACGGGGAAUUACACCUGCAUACUUCCACGUUUGAGUUCUGGAAUCCAAAGGUCCACGGUGGAGCUCAUCGUCGGUGUCUCCACAACGUACAUCAAGGAGGGGGAAGACGUUGUCCUUAACUGUUCUUCUGGAGACAAUCAGAGUCUCAAAGACUCACUGAUAAGUUGGAAGAACAUAAAUGGUAAAGAGUUGUUCCUCUAUGAGCUUGGACAUCACACUGAGGACGGCUGGUGCUGUCAGGAUGAGCAGUACAGAGGACGAGUGUCACUUUUCUACGACGAGCUGAAGAACGGAAACGCAUCCUUGAUCCUCAGAGACACGAGGAUUGAAGACACAGGGAUUUACACCUGUGACCUUCCAGGUUUGAGUUCCGGAAGGCAAAUGUCCACGAUGGAGCUCAUAGUCAAAUGGGUCCUCAGAAACAGAUUUGGACUUGAAAAAGGAGCCGCUCAGGCGCCAGUCCUCAAGAUGGUGAACGUGUCAGAGGCCGGCGUGGAGCUCCAGUGUGUGGUCAGAGGUUCUUCAUCAAAGCCGAGUGUAGAGUGGCAGACGUGUGAAGGAACCUCUCUUAAUUCAGAGGAGCCACUGGUCUCUGAGACACGAGGCCGUUACGACACCACGCUCCUCGUCACUGUGACGGAGACCAAGACCAACUGCUUCCGCUGCAUGGUCAAACAGGAGGACAUUUACCACAGGAUUGACAUUAACAUCACUCUGUCAGAGAAACUCUUUGAGAAAAAGUCCUGCAACGUUGCUCAGUCCUGCCACAGCACAGAUGUUCUCGUAGGCAUGUUUUUUGCUGGAGUUGCCGCACUUGUGUUACCUCUGCUGUAUCUGAUCUUCACAGGAUGCAUAAGCAUAACGGCAUCAGGAUGUGCAUGGACGAAUGUACGAGGGAACGAGAUGAACUACAGCUCAAGGAGCACCUUAGCUUCAGCUUCAUCAACAGAAACUGAAAAAUCCAAUGACUGCACUGUGUUGUCAGAGUUGCUGAACUUGAAUGACCCCAUGGACAAAAGGAAAAUAAAAAUCCCGCUUCAAGUGUAAAAAUAACACUAACGAUAUGAAGUUAGUCAUAUGAGCUUCAAAUGUUAUCAGGUUUGUGUCUGUAGACGUGUUCGGGGUCGGUCUCUUGUGUCACGUACGAAGUUUUCGAGGCGAUCGGUCAAUGCAUGUCGAAGUUACAGGGCACUUCCUGUUUCGUGAUCGCCAAACUCCCCAUGUUUGCCGUAGCCACGCCUUUUUGUCUUUGUGUCCAGUACGUUUUUUUAUGUUGGUACGAUAAACGCCCACUUCCUUAUUAAGAGUUCCCACCAAGUUUCGUGAAAUUUGGUGGAACUUAAUUUUGGCUUGCUCCAUCCACCUUUGGCCUUAGGAGGCGCUAUAGAGCUGUUGUCUGUUCUUCCUUCAGAUUAUUAUAAUCUCUGCGGCUUUGCGAUCAUUUUUGAGCGUUUUUUUAACGUGCAUAAAAACUCUUUAAACUUAGCAUGGAGGUCAGGUCUGGUGAAAAUGUGAUAUUGGGAUAGUUCCCCGACCUGUGUGUUGCUCAAGGGCUCUAUAGCGCCCCCUAUGGUGAAAACAGAGGCAAAAUUGAGGUCCACCGAAAUUAGGUGGAAAGUUGUAACAGACCAAGACGAAGAAAAAAGUCGACCGUAACCAUAGCCUCAACUCAACAGGAAGUCGGCCAUUUUGAAUUUUGGCGUCCAUUUUGCCGAUUUGCGCCCUACGUAAAUUAACAAAGUCGUCCGAGUGCGUUUGUCGCACCGACAUAAAAAACACGUCAAGUCGUACUAGAUGCAUCAAAGGUGAAAAGUUGCGGAAAAACGUUUUUACAGUUUCAAAGCAGCGCGACCACGACAACCCUCGCGAUUUUUGACCAUUCACCACAAAACAGGAAGUGCCCUAUGACUUUGUCACACAUUGACCGAUCGCCUCGAAACAUCAUACGGGACGCAACACACUGACCCUGAACAUGUAUACGUUAUCUAUUAAUGUGCAUAUUUGACGCUGUUUUAUGUUAUGUUGUUUGUUUAUUAUGUUUCAUGUGUGUGGGUCUGUGUGUAACAGAUUCCAAAUGUCGGAUCUAAAAGAUCGACACAGAGCUGAUGGAACAGCAAUGAAUCGUCCAAAGUGAAUUUUAUAUCUACUUUAAUGAAAGUGAACUUAGCUCCAGCUGUCAAACAGGAGAGAAGCUAAAAGCUGCGUCGUUCGCUGUCAUCUAUAGAAUUGUUUUAUUUUAUAUUUUUACUACUUUAAUGAAAGAAUUUCUACAUUUUUUUAAAUAUGUUUUUGAACAGGUCAGUUUCUUGUGUCAGUGUAGCCUGAGCUGUGAAAACAUCUCUUCUGAUGCAAUAUUCUAUAUUUACCAUGUGUGUGCACUUAUUAGUCGUCAUUUAGUGCGAGAAUUCAAGUAAGUAGAUAAAUAAAAGAUGUAGACGAAUGUAAUUCGUUAUUGAUGCAAAAUACAAAGUCACCUGUGAGGUCGUUAUCGUGAGCAUCAUGAACAGAUGCUCGAGCAGUGGUCACCAACAUGUCACCUCACUGAUCACUCAGUAAAAUAUCAUUGCUGUCGUCUAUAAAAACCUGUGCUAAUCGUUAGGAGUAAUCACUGGAACGAAUGUGUUUGCAAUUGAAUGCAUAAUAUUCAUCAUUUAAAUGGUGAAUUGCAUAAGAUGUUAAUAUGGCAGCCGCACACAUUAUUCUCUACCCUUCAGGUUGUCUCAAAAAGGUUGGUGAUCCCUGUGCUAGAGAAUUUAAAAAUAAACUGUUUGUCCAGACACUUUGAGUGAAUUUGCCAUAAAUUAAACAACAGGAACCAGUUUAGCUCUUGGAUAAAAGCGUCUGCUAAAUGUAAUGUAACAUAAUGUAAUAUGUCCACAAGGUGGCAGCAGCAGUAAGUGUUUGGUCAGUGGACCUCAGCGCCGGCCGCUGCUCUCGGCUCCACACGCUGUUUCACGCUGUUAUCCGAAGCGACUUACAAGUGAAUUGAGUACAACUUGAGUUGAACUUGUGACCAUGAUGUCGAUGCACACGGGGUACAGGUCUUAACCACUGAGCUACUCCAUCCCUCUUAUGCCUUAAUGCUAUUAAAUGUACACACUGGUCCUUUAGAGACACAUACAGUGUGUUUGCACUUUUACUGUUUUUCUAUUUAAGGACAAUUCUUACGCUUGUCUGUGUUUCUUGAAUCUGAAUGUGAAUUAAUGGAUGGAUGACCUUCAAGGAUUUUUAAAAGUCUGUAUUUGAUGAAAUCACAUAAUGCACACACUGUUUCAUCUAAAAUCAGUUUGACGUAAAAAUAUACUUGUGGCUUCUUUUAUAUAUAUGUGGGUUUUGUUGGGAAAUAAAUACAUUGUAAUGCCUCUGUGAUGUUUCUUGAAAACUAAUAAAAAAAGAAAAAACUAUAA